AUGAAACACUCUGAACCAUGUGUCGAUCCACAAGUGACUGAGGCACGAUAUUUGAACCGAAACUUGAAAAACAGAAUUACUGUCACAAUGGAGUUCGUUUGGAGUUCAUUUGUUAUCUGUAGUGAUGUCCUAGAACGGAAAAUAGAAAAGCUGGAUGAUGGAAAGCAUUUGGACGCCCUUUGCCACUCACCUUAUUCCUAUGCUUAUCCCAAGAAGAAUCAGCACAACAUAAAAUUGGCAUCAGCCAGAAAAAUGUCUGAGCUUGGAAAGUGCUGA